AUGGACGAAACCAUUACAAAGAAAGACAAUACCAUUACCACAAAAGACGCCUCCAUCAGCCUGUACACCAAGGAGAUGGCCGUUGAGUUUCACAAAUUGAUGAAGACAACUGUCAGGCGUUACUAUCAGUGUGUACACCAAUGCACCAAAACACAGACAGAAUGUGCCAAAUCAAAGACAGGAAGCAACAUUGAAGCCCUCAUGGAUUCUCUGGCACUGUACGCCAUUGUACACACCGCUACUGCGCGCCACUAUGCUGCGGCCAUUGGUGCUACAGUGGGACACAAAUUGAUUGUUCACGGCCAUUACCAAAAUGCUGAGGAAGACGACCUCAGCCUGGAUGAGGCGGAAACACAGGGCUUGCCUGAGAUACCACUGUAUCAGUGCUUCUGGGAAUGGCUGCUGCUCCUGGCAGCCAGCGCUGGAGACUUUGUGUGCAUUCAUAAGGUCACCGGCACAUUUCCCACCAAGAUAUUGCUCAUGAUGAUGAAACAGGCAGUCCCCAAGCUCUUACCUUGGGAUGACCUUAUGGUACAGAUCUUAGAAGGUGCACCCGGGGAUGAGCGUAUGGAUUUUACACAGGGAGAGCAGUACCACCAGUCGGUGCGCUUGCUCUACCCGAGGCUGUUCAGUGGAACAGUCCAUGCCAAGGCAUACCUUGCUGCCUUGCUGAAACUCGAUGAAUCACGGACUGCUAGUGAGAUUCACAUCAGGGUCUCAAAGUGCUGCUGCCCAUUCUGCGCGCCCUUUGUUGACACAAUGAACAAGUCAACGGGCUUGACAUUUAUGCUCCAAGAUGAGCACAAGCACAUCACGGGCUGUGCAGUACCACCCUUCUCCAAGGACAAAGUGGUCCAGGCGAUGAUCAGCGAGUACCGCCCGCUAUUGAGGACCAGAAUCCUAGCAAGGCUGACAAGCAAGUGGAGGAAGGAGGAGAACCAGGUGCUGCAAGAGGUACAGGAGAACCGGGUGCUGCAGGAGAAGCGGGAGAAGCAGGCGUAUUCUAGCCUUUCAGUUGACAGCUGGCGUCAGUCUAGCAAGGCGUUGGUUGGGGAAGCUGUAGGCACAUACCUCAUGAUAGUAGUGGGAAAAAGGCUUGAUCAAGGUGUCUGGAAAACCUUCAGGGCUCUCUUCAAAAAGAAUGGUAGGUGUUCUCAUCUGAAGACUGCUGCACGGACCUGA